AGACGUUUUUUUUGGGCUGUGGUCUCCUCUGCGGGCAGUGUCGCAGUCUGCACAUGCGCGGAAGCUGCCGUUCUUUCUGGUUGGGAAGGGAAAGAAUUUUACUUUCUGAGUGGCCCGGGGUAGAGCUGAUCUGCCUGAGAAUUGGAAGGUGGACAACCAUCACUUUCCAGAGAAGAUGUCUUUUAAGAUUUUUGAUGAUCGUAAACUUGGUGUGCCUCCAGACAUCAACAUGAAUGAAGAUUUUUUAGAGGAAAAGAAUAGAUUGAGAACAUAUGUUAAUUUUCCAAGUACUAGCCCUAUUGCAGCAACAACACUAGCACGAGCAGGUUUCCUCUAUACUGGUGAAGGAGAUACUGUACAGUGCUUCAGCUGUCGUGCAGCUAUAGAUAGAUGGCAGUUUGGAGAUUCAGCAGUUGGAAGACAUAGGAAAGCGUCCCCCAACUGCAGAUUCAUUAAUGGCUUUUAUCUGGAAAAGCAUACUCCUCAGUUUCCAGGGCCCUUUAUCCAAAACUGCCAGUUCAGAAUUGAAACUGGUCAGAGGAAUGUAAAUCAUUUUGCUUUGGAGAGUAUCCCUGAGAAUUAUGGGGAUUUUCUUUUGAGAAGAGGGCAGCUCAUUGAUAUGACAGAUACCAUAUACCCAAGGAACCCUUCCAUGUGCAGUGAGGAAGCUAGGCUGAAAUCUUUUCAGAAUUGGCCACACUAUGCUCACCUUACCCCACAGGAGUUAGCUAGUGCUGGCCUCUAUUACUUGGGUGUUGAGGAUCAAGUGCAGUGCUUCUGUUGUGGAGGCAAGCUAAAAAAUUGGGAGCCUCGUGAUCGGGCAAUGACCGAACACAAGAGGCAUUUCCCUAAGUGUCUCUUUGUUAUGGGACGGGAUGUUGGUAAUGCUCCAAUUGAAAUGGAUUUUAGUUGUGAAAGGAAUUAUCAAAACCAUGCCCAUUUCCCAAGGAAUCCAGCCAUGGCAGAAUAUGAAGCACGACUCAUUACCUUUGCGACGUGGAUUUACUCGGUUAACGAGCGGCAGCUUGCAAAAGCUGGGUUUUAUGCUUUAGGUGACCGUGAUAAAGUAGCAUGCUUUCAUUGUGGAGGUGGACUUAAUGAUUGGAAACCCAACGAAGACCCUUGGGAGCAACAUGCUAAGUGGUAUCCCGGAUGUAAAUAUCUUUUGGAAGAGAAGGGCCAGGAUUAUGUCAACAACAUUCACUUAGUGAAUCCACUUGACGGUACUAUGAUGGAAACUACCAAGGAUGCUUCAUCAAUAACUAAAGAAAUUGAUGAUAUUGUGUUACAAAAUCCUUUGGUACAAGAUGCAAUCCGAAUGGGUUUCAGUUUUCAUGAGAUUAAGAGAAUUGUGGGAGAAAAGAUCAAAUCAUCUGGAAACGACUACAAAUCGCUUGAGGGUCUUGUAGCAGAUCUAGUGAUUGCUCAGAAAGAAAGUGCCCAAGAAGGAGCAGCAAGUGCAGUUGCAAUGCAGAAAGACGUUAGUACUGAAGAACAGCUCCGGUAUUUGCAGGAGGAGAAGCUGUGUAAGAUCUGCAUGGAUGAGAAUAUCGCUGUCGUUUUCAUCCCUUGUGGACAUCUGGUUACUUGUCAGAUGUGUGCUGAAGCAAUUAACAAAUGUCCGAUGUGUUGCGCUGUCAUUAACUUGAAGCAGAAAAUUUUCAUGUCGUGAUUGGAAUUCUGUAGUUGCAGUAGUCUAGUUGUCGUAUUUGCUUGACUAUGUGAUGUGGAUGAAAUGUGAAGGAAGAAAUAAUACUUGCUAUGAUACCUUUUCCUAAAAACCGAACAGGUUUAUUCCUUGUAAUGUCUUUGAAACCUUAGUGUAGUAUCUUUCUUUGUUUUCUUAUUUCACAGUAAGCAGUAGGGUAAGAAGCUAUCCCCAGACUGACCAGAGUGUCUGCUUCUAGUUGUGCUACUUCCUAUUGACUUGACUGUGUGACAUGAAGCCAUCUGAAUGGCUUUUGAUGAUAUCUGAAGGAAGAAAUAAUGCAGACAAUGGUAACUUUUCCUAAAAACUGAACAGGUUCAUCCCUUGAAAUGUCUUUGAAACCUUAGUAUAGCAUCUUUCUCAUUUUUUCCUAUUUCACAGUAAUCGGUAGAAUAGGAAGCUAUCCCCAGACUGACCAAAGUGUCUGCUUCUCUGGGUGUGCUGAAUGAGUGUCAAUGUAAGGGGCUUAAUCAACUGGGAAUUAGAAAAGACUUGGUAAACACCUCUGAGUCACUGUAGAGAUAGUGAUUAACUUGACCAGUCUGACUCUUUUUUUUUGGUUAAUAAAAGGAAGAAACUAUCCAGGCAGUCUUGAAAUAAGGCUAAUUUGUAGAUAUUCCAUGUAGUUUUUCCUUUAAGUAAUAAUGAGGAUUAAAACAGAAGUACCAAAAGACCAAACAUAUAUGAGAAUGGUGAAAGAAAAACAAUUCCUUUUGCUAUUUCAGUAAUUAUUUAUGACUUAAAGGCUUAAUUGUGUUCAAACACCUACAAAUAUUAGUUGUCAUUCAGCAUUGGUUUUCCUAAUUCUCCCAAGAAUGGAAAGCUUUUCCUUUUAGAUUGGUAUUGAAAAGCUUUAAGCAUCUUUUAUCACAUAGUAGGAAAAAAAAAAGAAAUUUUCCCCAGUGUCUUGUUUCCAAGUCAAAUAUUUCUGGUUUCCUAAAGCUGAGGAUGGAAAAGAUUCCUCAUUCAUAAGUAAAACACUGAACACUUUUCUCAUUUAAGCCUGCCUGAGUUAUUUUCCAGAACUUUCAGAAGACUUUUAUUAACCUGGUGUAAAUACUGGCAGCCAAGGCAAGGAAAAGUAGAAUAAUGUUUGUUCUCUGAUUGCCUGCCAGCCCCAGUGGGAAAUGGUCUCUUUCGCCUUUGAACUCCCAAGGCACCUCACUGUAAAUUUUCAUGCUCUACCCUCGUAUUUAUAUUUAUUUGUGAACUUGUCUUAGUUUCCCAGCUAGACUCUGUGUUCCAUGAAGGCUGGGAAGACUUUGAAUCUUAUUCUUUAUAUCUCCUACAGAGCAUAGCAUGAGGCCCUGGACAUACUAAGUGUUCAAUAAAUACUUGUUGUUCGGCAAAUAUGAUUAUAUUAUUGGCUUUUAGUGCAACUGUUUUAAUGUUCCCUGCCCUCUCUUUCUUCCUGUUGUGAUCUCCUGUUAAGUGCAGUUCCAGUGGUAUUCAAAACUACCAGUGCCUCAGACCCUGGGGCAUGUAACACUUGGUGGGGAGGGGAGUACUAGUUACAGAAAUCAGAAGUACCGACAAGGACAUAACAAAACAGAUUUUUAUGUAUUGGCAAGAUUGCAUAAAGGCAUUCCUGAAUUAAGAAUACUUAGCUAUAAUAAUGGAGGUUGCCUAAUGCUCUAAGGAGUACCUCAGGGGCUUGCAUUAAGAGAGCCUCCUGGUGCAACACUUGACAUUGAGGCAUUUUACUGCACAGAAGAGGUUCAGAAUACAACCAUUAAGGCUGUUAUUCAGAAUAUAUUUUGCAAGGGAAAGAUUAGUCAUGCCCUCCUCCAAACUUCAUCUGAUGUUGCUUUAAGUUAGCUUUGCACAGUGUUAGGUGAGAUUUUUCAGAUAAAUGGCUUUCUUCCCUGUUGUUCUUAUUCCCUAAAUCCUGUCUUCCCCAAGUCUGCAUUGUCUUCGAUUUAAGCUGAGUUAUGUAUUUUGUUUACAUAUUACAUAUAUCUAAGUUUAUUAAUCCUUUUAAGGAGGAAUAAGUGUUAAGGUUCAUGUGUUUGUUUU